GAUGACGCAGUCGUCGCCGUCACGUGGCCAAAGUGCCCGGUGCAACGAGUAAACUUGAAGCUAGAAGCAGCUAGAAGUAAGGCACGUUUUUUUCAAGAGGGCUUGAAAUUAACAUCUACAAAAAAUGUCGAUUUCCGCCAACAAGGAACGAUUAAUUUACGAAUAUUUAUUGACUAUUGGCUGUUGUGUCAGAUGCUGUCUACGUUUGUCCGGCGUUCGGAGCCCCACGUUUUACGAAAAUCCUGUUCAAAGCUCUGUCACGCUUGGCUACAAGGAUGACUUAGUUUCAGAGCAUGUCACUGAAGUAAAAGCAAAAAAUGGAUGCACAGCUUGUCUGGGGAUACUUAAUGAUGAUGCGAUUACAGCCGCUAUAGAAAAGAUCGCAUCUGAAAUCAAUAAACAAGAAUAUGAUUGCAACACCUUCACAUGUGCCUUGACGAUACCUAUAGCUGUGCAACUCAGGGAGCGUUCAUUACAGAUAAAUUUAUCUCAAAAGUUUGAAUUUCCUGAUGAAGUUAUUGCCAGUCUAAAAAGAACGGUACCCCCUAUAAAAGAAGUUUGGAAAUGGAUAGCCUUUCCCAAAAUUGAAAAUCUUACUGCCAAAAUGAGUCUCCCUAUUUCGUCUACAUGCCCUUUUGUCGUCGAUGUAUUUCUGGUGUAUUCCCAAGAUGAGGAGGAAUGCAAGAUCUUAUUAACAAUGUGCGGAGAUACCUUCAAACAACGUUCCCAACAAAAAAGAAAAUUCAGCAACGGUGUAUUCAGCCGCAAAAGUGUUGAAACUGCAAUGAUUAGUACUACAGAUUAUCAGUUUGUCGAACACUAUCCUUGUCCACCGACUUAUCCUACAUCAAAAGCUUCUAUAGACUUAGUCACCUGUACACAUGCAAGUUUUUUCAUUGGAGGAAGAUAUACCAAGUAUUCAAGAGAAUUGAGUCAAACGCCAUGGUUUAUUGGUGGCGAAAAAAAGAUGGAAACUUCAGUUCAAGAACUGCUCUGUGAUCAGAUUCUCAAAUUUGUAAAGGCUGACGCUAUGAAGUUUUUAUCUUCUGGAAGAGAAGAUGUAGAUGUACGAACACUACAUUCAGGGAGGCCAUUCGCCGUUGAACUACUUAACCCUAGAGUAACUAAGUUUACAGAAGCUCGUUUGAAGCAGCUAACGGAAGAAAUAAAUGGAUCUACAAAUUUGGUUCAUAUUGUUGAUAAUCUUCAAGUAAUUUCAAAAGACCAAUUGAAGACACUUAAAGAAGGUGAAGACACAAAAACAAAAACAUACAGAGCUCUUUGUUUGUGUCGAUCUCGACCACUGCCAAGUCUAGAUCCUAUAAAUAAUAUAAACAAUUUAGAAAUCAUUCAGAAAACUCCUGUCAGAGUUUUACAUCGCCGACCGCUUGCAACUCGCCCACGGACAAUUCAUUCGUUAAAAGCUAGUUGGAUUAGUUCUUACGAAAUGGCAGUUCUCAUGUGCGACACUCAUGAUUCAGAGAUGGACAACCACCUUGCACUGGAUCAUAAAUUGUUAAACCAAGUACCGGAUUCUAAAAUUGAUCUGUUUAUACUGGAUCUGACUACGCAAGCUGGAACUUAUGUAAAGGAAUUUGUACAUGGAGACUUUGGCAGAACAAAGCCAAGUGUUUGUGAAAUACUGGAAAGUGAAGUUGAUAUUGUUGCUCUAGAUGUGAUGAGUGUAAACUUAAAUUGGCCUUGAGAAAUAAAUUCACCUUUAUUAUGAAACACAGAGUUGUACUUUCAACAAUUACUUAGUCACGUUUUUAUUAAAUUUUUGUGGUAAGUCACUUAAACUGAACUGGACUAACAAGUAUGCAGUGACAGUUAGUACUCAAAAUUUUAUAAGGAACCAAAAGUAGUAAGUCAGCUAAAACCUUACAGUUCAGACAUUUUAGUGCUAAACGAAUUGCAUGUAUAUAAAAAUAUCAUAAGUAUACCUUUCGUCCCAAGUUUGAAUUAUUUCAUCAUUUCGCAAAUAACACUAAUUCCUAACUGGAUACUCUGCAUGAUGUUUAUUCGUCAAUUGCAAUUUUUACCAUAUUUUACGGAAGUGAAGUAUUCUUAAUUGAAAUGGUUUUCAAGUUACAAUGCUUAUUAUUACUAAUUUUCAUUAGACGGUGGAUAAGUUAUUUUUUAAUACAUUUUAGUAUGGAAAAAUGUAACUGACACAACCGAUUAUAAUUCAAAGUUAUAGACGCGUUAUUUGUAUAUCUACUCACGUUAAGAUAGGGUACUAAUUUGGCAAAAUACUGAAACACUAUGAAUGUUGAAUGCAAGGUACAUUUCCAUUUUAUAAAUUCAAUUAUGAUUUAUCUUAAUAACUAGUAAACUUUAAAUGAAAAUAAUAAUCUAUAAAAUCGAAUUAAAUUAUAUUUAAGAUGAUGUUAUACCUAUGCUAGGAUUAUGAAAAAAUAAAAUUUUGAUACACGAAAGGUGGGAAAGAAUGGAAAAUCUAUGGUUUACAACAUUUAAUGAUAAUGACAAAAAAUGAAAUUAAAAUAAUAGCCCAAUCCUAUUUCUAUAUGUAGGGAAACGAAUAGUUGACAAAUUCGUUUCAGAAACAAUUGAGCUACGCUCGUUGUCGAACUAUAAGUAAAUGAAUUAUUAAUUAACUGUUCAUUGUACGUAUUUAGGUAGCGAGGAAUGUUUGUUUUCUUUCACACCUUGAAUGCGUGUAUUGAAACAAGAUUUAGUAAUCUUACUUAGAUUUCCAUGAUUAUAAAGUUGAGCUAAUUUUAUCAGAUUAUCUAUUAUACCCAAGUAAGAACAAGGUAUUUGUAUUCAAGCGCUUGUAGUUUACGGUAUACUGCUAGCAAGUUACUGUGGUUUUAAAACGUGUGAAAUCGUCGUAAUAUAAAUUGUAAUGAAAAAUUUAUGAAAAUAGAUUCACUAUAUUUAUCAAGUGCUUAAUUUUACAUUGUUUGAGUGAUGAGAAAUGAAGGAAAGGUAUAUAUAAAUUAUCAGGCGAAA